UUGGGAGUUGGGAAACAGGCCGACGAGUCCCAAAUCAAACAGGCCUACCGGCGACUCGCGCGAAAACACCAUCCCGACCUGAAUCCCGGUGACCGCGAGGCCUCCGAGCGCUUCAAGGAAAUCGGUGAGGCCUAUGCGGUGCUCUCCGAUCCGGACCGGCGGCGGCGGUACGACCAGUUGGGACCUGACUGGGCCCAGCAGGGGCGAAACGCCCGGGCCCGGGCAGCGGGAACUGCGGGCGGACCGCGGCCCGGUCCGGCCGGACUUGACGACUUCUCGAGCUUUUUUGUCCAUCUCUUCGGCCCGGAUUCCCCCUUCGGCCCGAUCGACGGCAGAGCGCGCCGGUCUCCGGGUUGGCCGCCUGCUUCCCGGUAUCGGCCGCCGGGCCCGGCGCCCGAUCCGGCCGGCCGGCCGGGGGUCGUCGAGAUCAGCCUCGAGGAGGCCUACCGCGGCGCGCUCCGGCAGCUCCGCCCCGGCAGGAACGGGUCAUACCGGGUCCGCAUCCCGCCCGGAGUCCGGGACGGGGCGCGGCUGAGAGUCCGGACUCCCGACGGCGACUCGAUACUGGUGGUUCGCGUAGCGGAUCACUCACGGUUCCGGCGCGAAGGCGACAACCUCGAAGUCGAAAUCCCGGUUCGUUUUGCCGAAGCCGCGCUCGGUGGAGAAAUCGAGGUUCCCACGCUCGGCGAACCGGUGCGGAUUCGCAUUCCAGCCGGAGUGUCCGGCGGUGGCGCACUGCGGGUUCCCGGCCGGGGAAUGCCUCGCACCGGCGGCGGACACGGCGAUCUGGUGGUCCGCGUCCAGAUCGCGGUCCCCAAGGAUCUGACACCGGAACAGAAGGACUUCGUCCGGCGCUUCGGAGCCAGCGAGGACUCCUCAGGAGAAUGA